CCAAGAAUAGUAAUAUAACUUAAUAAUAAGAAUAAUAAUACAAAGUAUUGGUUUCCUAUGCUUGCUGAUUCCUGGAGGGGGAGAUGUGCUGGCAUACGUCUGCUCGUUAGCCUCCGACGUGGUGCCUGUAUCCGCUUCUCGACCGAGGUCUGGAUGUUGUUCUUGCUCAUUUCAGCAGUUGAGCCAGCGUGGGUUCCUUGCUGCUGCUGCUCUAGAAUCGCGUUCGUUCGUGCCUCGAUUUGAAGGUGAGAAAGUGGACAUUGAGUGUGUGAGUGAGUGAGUGAGCGAGCGAGAGCGAGAUGAUUAGUUGGUUGGUUGUAGGAAUGGAUACCUGUCACCAGGCUUGGUUUGGAGGUUUGGAGUGUCUGUGGCGAGUUGUGUGGACGAGGGUGGAGUAGGCGUUUUGUGUGUUCGAUUUUGGUCAAGGACGGGGCAGUGCGGGAGAAUUGGUGGACGUGUUUCGAUUCGAUCGAGAGGUUUUCAGAUUUGUGGUAAGGAGAUUUUGCUGGUAGUUUUGGAAGUGUUCCGUGGUUUGACUCAGUCUUGAAAGAAGUUUUUAGACGAGGAGGUUUGAUUUAGACUCGAUUGACCUAGUACUGAUGCUUGGAGGGCGGAGGCGUUGUCUGGAUGCGUGCCGAGCCAAACCGUUGUCAUGUAAGCGGCACUCUGGCGUUCAUGUUUAUUUUUUUAUUUUUAUCUUCGUCUCACUUAUCGGAUUUCAUGGAGGAGGUUCAGUCUGGAGGUUAGUGUCGUGGAUUGAUGCUUUUCGGCCAAGAAAAUGUUGUAUUUCGGACCGCAGACCUUUUCUCAUGGACCAAUUCUUCCCUUGCUGCUCUAUCAUUAGAUGAGUGUUUCGUUCGGAAGAUGUGUUCGAGCAACACUUUUGUUUAGUGUGUACGGUUUGACUGGUAGAAGUAGCUUGCCUUUUUAACGAGGAUUACGUAGCAAGCAGUGCUUCCUUGAAACCUUUCUGUCGAUUGUAAGCUUGUCAAAGCAAAUAUAGACUUCCCUUCUUCUGUGCAUUGAGUAAACCCCGUUUUGUAUUUCAGUUUCCGAUGUAGAUUUAAGCAACUCGUGGAGGACUAGCAGUGGUGCAAAAUUGUGUUGCGAGUAAUAGUCAUUGGGUUUGCAGGUGGACUGAAUCCUGGAUUUCGGUGUAAUGGCUGUGAUUGCAUAAAGUACAGCAGGGAUGAAAUGUUGGAGGCUGUAGUAUGCAAUAUUUUAUACAAAUGUGAGCCGUUUAGCUGCAUUGAAGUAGUGACUGAAAAUGACCAGCGGAGCCAACAAAUGUUUGUGAUGUGUAACGUGUGUUGAGCACUUAAAAGUCAUAUUUGAGAAUCUUUCGUACGUCAGCGUAAAAAAACCCUUUUGAUGUACGAACAGAGUCGAAAUUUCCAGCGAAUUGAUUAGAGCUUGAGUGGCAGUUCUAAUACAUAUAUACUCGCGUUUUUCAUUUUUCACUUGCUCAACUGUCUAGGGUUUUCACAGAUUAGCUAAUCUAUUAGUAAUUAGUGCCAGAGAUAGCCCAAUCUCCAAUCGAUUAGCUUUUUUGAUCUCUUAAACGGGAUAUCAACCACCCUAAGCUCUCAGUUGUACAAUCUUGAUACUGAAGAGCUUGAAAUUCGUGGACCGUCAGACCUUCCGUCGUUCAAGUUCAGAAACUGUAUGGGUAGAGAAGUAUAUCACUUUAAUGGCAGCCGUUGAAUUUGAGCUUGUGGUUUGAUGAACAUAUGAUUUUCUGAAACCAGUGAAGUUUUGUUUGAGUUGUGAAUCCUGUGAAGUUGGUUUGUUUGUAAUUCACUUUUGCAGUCUGGAGAUCUGGGGUGAGGUCUGCAGUGUUUAUUGCAUCUAGGUCGUGGAUUAAGGACUAAGCAUCUUUCACAAGUAACUACCGUCUAAUACAUGUUGCUAUUACGUCUGUUGUAUUAGUGCGUUGCUUUCGAAUCAACUGAUGAAUCGGUAGAAGAAGGUUUGUGUGAAGAGUAGCGAGCAUACCGUGCACUGUGUGUGAGUUCUACUGAUCUGGCGGUCAUGGAAUGAAAUAAAUGAAUUUAGUAUUGUCUGAACUUUUUUCACUUCCAUGAAGGAGUGCAAGGAAAUGUGUAUUCAAGGUAUUGAGCUGUAGAUAAUCUGGUUGGGAACAUAUGACCAAGUAAAGUCCUCUACUUACUUGGCUACUGUACGUUCUUCCUGCAUGUACAUUUAUUUGGUAUAGACCCCCCCCCAUAUGAAGAGUUUGCGCAAGAAAUAUCUGUCAUUCAGUAGGGCAAUAACUGUUUGGUGCGAACUUUUUUUUGUUUUUUUGUUUUUUUGUUUUUUUUCAGGAAAUCACUUCCGAGAUUCUUACGGUUUUUCGACUGUAGACCAAAUCAACAUGCAGACUUGGUCUAGGACCUUCGCAGCUUGUGAAAACUUGAUUACGGGUAUAUUAUAUAGCCAAGAUUCCGUUCUUGAACAGAUUGGCAGCUGUAAACUCAAACAUGGGCAACAUGGUUGUGACUUAUGGAGCAUAUCCAACAUUGGGCAAAGUGACCACUGCAUUCUGCCUGUAGCUUCGUCUGGUACUUAAAUUGCAGACCUAGAACUCAAAUCAAAAGCAGAGUUGGCUCUUUUUUUUUCACAGAGCUACUGCCUUGGUAUAGAGUCCUGAGGAUCAUCACUGUGAAAAAGGACGAGGGUUGUGUAAGAACAACUUGUCGAUACUUACCUCAUGAGAUAUCAGAUUGUUAGUAGAUACUCUGGAAUCAGUUGACAUUGACAGCAUCUUAGGAUGCUACUCGGGAAUGGUAUUAACGAGCUUCCGUAUUUAUCUUGGUGAUAUCAUACAUCAGCGAACGUUCAGGCAUGCUCUCAAGGUAGACGAUGGGAAAUUUGAUUCAGCCUGCAAUAUAGAGAGGGAUUGAUGAAGGAUGUGAUGGCGGAAGGAGAGAAAGUCGCGGGGGAAUCUGAGAAGCGCCCUUCGCUGUUCUCUCAGACAACAGAGGAAGAAGCAAGAAUUGCCGUUGAGGCGGCAGCUGCUGUGAGACCUCGUCCUUCUAUAGUUGUUUCAGCGAAGAAUCAGCAAAGUUCUACCAGCUUUCUUAAACUCAAGAGGAGCUUUCAAAAAGCUAUUAAAUGGCCUAAUAAUCACAAAGAUAGAACUCAGAGGAAUCUGUUCAAUCCAGAGGUGCUCACUCGUCAAAAGAGACAAUGGAGUGAGUUACAAUUGCAAGCAUUGGAAAGAAGGCAUCAAAAGAAGGAAUCUACGUCUUUCUUUGAGCAUUUUGUAGUAGUCGGCUUGAGACCGCAUUCUGAUGUUCGAGCAAUAGAGGCUGCGUUUGCUAGGAAAAAGUCAUGGCAGCGAAAUCCAGGAAAAGCAAGUUUAGAGUUCGUCAAUCAAAAAGCUCCUACACUUGAACCGGAGGUCUUGUUUAAAUAUCCCCUUAGCAAGAGGCUUCCUUUGAAGAGCAGUGAGCUGCCCCACUUUUGCUUUCCUUCAGGAAUUGAGGCUCGAGUUUUGGAGCGGACUCCAUCUAUGAGUGAACUUAAUGAGAUUAUGUAUGGGCAGAUUCAUCAGAAUCGAGACGAUCAUUCAUUUGUUUUCCUUCUUAAGGUCGCAGAUAACGCUACUUUGUAUGGAGUGUGUGUAUAUGUUCCGGAAAUGGUACAGAGGGCUCCAGCAUUUUUCUCUAUGAGUGCCGAGUUAUCCCCGCAGCGGUCACCUCGUGGGCGUUUCUUAAUUUCUGCCCCGCGUUGUUACUGCUUCCUCACUAACCUUCCUUACUUCGAUCUACAUUUUGAAGUGUUGAACAGCAUUAUUGCACAAGAGCGACUGGAUCGCAUUACGGAGUGUGUUAAUGAAAUGAGUCUCGUAGAAGUGCCACCCAUGGUGAAAGUGAGUAGUAAGAACCACGCUCGACAAAGUUCUCCUUCUGAUGACCCUGACGGAUGGAUGGAGAGUGCGAUACCUGUAGAUAGUGUCUUUGGCGCCACGGCUGCUGCAGCAGGUCUAAUUUCUGCCAGUGAGAUGGACUCAUUCGCAUCCAGAGGUUCUGGUCACAUGUCUCCUGACAGGACUUCAGAAUGUGCAUCAUCGGAGUCUUUCUCUCCUCAAGCAGAACUUCAAGAGAGUGGACGUGCUGCGGAUGCUGAUAGUCUAGUGCUGGAUUCUGGUCUGGACCUGGAAAAUGGAUUUAGAGGAGACAUGGAGGUACACCCAGAAGAAAUCUUAGAAAAUACUGCAAAGCUUUCAAAUGGUGAUAUGAAAACACCGCCUCCAAACGGAAAGUUAGAAAGCUUAGUGGAUAUGGGGUCCAACUCAAGUCUUGGCACCAUACCACCUCGGUCUAGUAGAGGGCAUGAGCGUGUUGACAGCUCUGAGUCAGCGUACAGCUAUGGUUUAAACGCUGACUCUCUGCGAAGUAAUGAUUCUGACGAUGAAUAUGACGACGACGCCUCGGCUUCUGGACAGGAAGACAUUUUCGGAGGUGAAGCAGUUCUUGCUUGGGCUGAGGCCCAUAAAAACGAUUCCUUGCGCGUGGUUGUCGCUUAUCAUCGGCUUCUUGUUCCUGCGCGUGGCGAGACAGUUCAGUUUCAACCUCUAGAACACUUGUCACCAAUAUCUUUCACCAGAGGGGGCAAGGCAAUUCCCAGCUUAGUGAAUGAAGUGGUGGACUUGAAGGCUUGCAAAAGCAACUUGGAACUUGUAGAGGCCCGAGCAGCAGCAAUGGCUGCAGAAGAAUCUGAAGAACUAGCUGUAUGGUCAAUCGCUGUAAUUUGUAGAGAACUUUCUCUUCAGAAUGUGCUGGCCAUGUUUGCGUGUGCCUUGUUGGAGAAGCAAAUGAUGGUCAUGUGCCCCAAUCUGGGGGUCUUGUCAGCGGUGGUAUUGGCGAUGAAGCCUAUGAUUCGACCAUAUGAAUGGCAGAGUCUACUUCUUCCUAUCCUUCCAAACAAUAUGCUGGAUUUUCUGGAUGCUCCAGUACCCUUCAUUGUUGGCGUACAGCACAAGACCUCGGAACUGCAAUCGAAGGUGUCACAUCUUGUUCGUGUUAAUGUGUCAAAGAACAAGGUAUCAAUGUCUUCAAGCCCGCCCCUUCCUGAGUACAAUAAACUGGUGUCUGAGUUAGAACCAUUCCACUCACAACUAGCGUCAGAGAGUGCCUCAGCCAGAAGGCAUCCAGUUCAUCAUACCAAUGAAGCUCAGACUAAGGCAGUGGAGGGGUUUCUUCAAGUAUUACGAAAGUACUGUACAGAAUCACUGUGCAAGAAUUUGCGCGCUCACACUAUUACUAACGUGCAAUCUAAUAACGAUAAGGUUUCUUUGUUGCUGAAGGACAGUUUCAUUGACUCAUUUCCUUCACGUGAGCAAGCAUUUAUCAAGUUUUUUGCAGAUACACAAUUAUUUUCUGUAUACACCGAUGCCGUGCUGUCAAGCUUCCAGAAUAGUUGAUACUAUUGUAUACUAGCGCUUCUUCUUUCGCAGAUCAGACAUCGGAAAACUACUUAUCACAAGAGGGGUUAGGCUAUUUCCUUUUGACCUGCAUAGGUAUCUGUGUUAAGGAACGGCUGCGAAUCUCAAAUUGAGUGGCAUAAUUCAUCCGUCAAGAGGUCGUGAGGAUUUAAUUAGUCUGAGAGAAUGAAGUUGGAGGUGAAAAGCCCUGCUUCACAGCACGGCACUAUUAAUAUCAGAUUCUUGGUCAUUCAGGAGUAGAUCUUGAGACGCUGUGGAAAUGCUUUUGUAGAUAGAAUGAGUGCAGUUGUGUCCAUGUUUCUGCACUCUUUGGCAUGCUAGUCUUACAGUUAACUCUUCGAUGGCAAGCAAUCUGGCUAACCGGAUUAGUAUCUGGUAUUGUUUGGUUGCAACUGAAACCACUCUCGACUUCAAUCUGUAUGUCCUCUGGGAAUUGACUCAUUCGCAUCAUUGACAA